GCAGUGGCAGGUCUGGACCUGAACUUCCGCGUUGAGCAGGAAGAAACAGUCAGAGAGCCCAAAUGCAAGCCGCAUCAGCACACCCAGAUCUGCCUGCAUGUGGCCGUCACCUUAGGCUUUUUUCUUAGCUGAGCGAGAUUUCAGGGUGGAUCUAAUGUCCAUGUGGAUUUUAUUUUGAAACAAACUGGUGAAUUGAGGAUUAUUACAACUGAAGAGAUGGAUGACAUUGACGCUAUGUUUAGCGACCUGCUGGGGGAGAUGGACCUCCUCACUCAGAGUCUCGGACAGGAAAUCGAAGCUCCUAAACCGCUCCCCAGCACUGGGAAGGAAGUCAACUUCUCUGUCGGCUUUACUGGCCUGAACGCGUCCGUACAUGACCUGGAGGACAAUGACUUGGACGCCCUGAUGGCCGACCUGGUGGCCGACCUCAGCGCGACAGAAAAGAAACUGGAAGCAGAAAUACAAGGCCUGAACGAGCCACCAUCGUCUAACUCAGAGCUGCCGCCUCCGCCCAAAGGCCUGAGCGUCCAGCCUGCCUCCUCCAUUACAUCACCGCCGUCUCCAGGAAAUAACAGAAGCAGCAGCGUCACCACCCCGUCUUCUUCCACCACCUCGCCCCUGCCGCCUCCCCCUCCGCAGUCAUCAAAACCCACAAUGGAAGAAAUCGAAGCUCAGAUGAAGGCAGAUAAAAUCAAGCUUGCCUUGGAGAAGCUAAAGGAAGCAAAAGUGAAGAAGCUGGUGGUGAAGGUCCUCAUGAACGAUGGCAGCUCCAAGACUCUGAUGGUUGAUGAGAGGCAAACCGUGAGAGAAGUUCUGGAAAACUUGUUUGAGAAGACUCACUGUGACUGCAACGUAGACUGGAGUCUGUGUGAAACCAACCACGAGCUGCAGCUUGAACGGACAUUUGAGGACCAUGAGAACCUGGUGGAGCCUCUCCUUGCCUGGACAAGGGACAGUGAAAACAAAGUCCUUUUCCAGGAGAGGAAAGAUAAAUUUGAGGUUUUCAAAAACCCGCAGAACUUUUAUCUUUGGAAAAAGGAUAAAAAAACUCUCAAAGACAUGAAAGACAAAGACAAAGAAUUGCUGGUGCAGGAGAAUUUCUGUGGGACGUCAAUCAUCGUGCCCGACCUGGAAGGCGUUCUGCACCUCAAAGAAGAUGGAAAAAAGUCAUGGAAGCAGCGACUCUUUCAGCUUCGAGCCUCAGGAAUUUAUUACGUUCCCAAAGGAAAAACCAAGUCGUCCCGCGAUCUGAUCUGCUUCGUCCAGUUCGACAACGUAAACGUUUACUACGGCAAAGACGUCAAGAACAGAUACAAGGCCCCGACGGACUUCUGCUUCGUUCUAAAGCAUCCUCAGAUCCAGAAAGAGUCUCAGUACAUCAAGUAUCUCUGCUGUGACGACGCUUGGACCAUGAACCUCUGGGUGACCGGGAUUCGGAUCGCUAAGUACGGAGCGUCUCUGCAUGAAAACUUCAAAACGGCAGAGAGGAAGGCUGCUGUCAGCGCCGCCAUGUGGACAAACCGCAGCACUCCAUCCAGCUCCAGCCCUUCAACGCCGUCACCAACCAUCAGAGCCAAAGCAGAAACUCAGGCCAACGGCCACGCCCCCAAAUCGCAGCCUGGACCGGCGCACCAGGGCAUCGGUAAUCUCCCUGCUCCUCCCCCUCUGAACGAGAUUCUCCCUCCUCCUCCUCCCGACCCCGUCCUUCCUCCUCCACCGCCGUUACUGUCCUCCAAGCCUCCACCCAGCAACUUGCCCCCACCUCCACUUUCCAUGGACGGCCUCCCUCCUCCGCCGCCGCCUCCACCCAUGGACAACUCAUCAGAAGAUCCUCCAGACUUCCUUCCUCCUCCUCCUCCUCCUACUGGCUACAGCUCUCUUCCUCCUCCUCCGGCUCCCGCGGGUAAUUUUGGUAGAAACAUCAACAAAUCUCUUCCUCCACCGCCUCCAGAUCCAGAGUUUCUACCUCCACCUCCACCUGAUCCAGUAUUCGUAUCAUCAGGUGCACCUCCCCCUCCUCCUCCGCCUCCACCUCCUCCUGCUCCUGUUUCCGCUCCGCGACCUGCAGGACAGUCGAGGAAGUUGCCUCCAGCUCCUCCGAAGAGGACAACACCGACGCUGCAAGGCGGUGGUGGAGGUGGUGGAGGUGGUGGUGGAGACUUCAUGUCAGAACUGAUGUCAGCCAUGAGGAAGCGUACUGAUCAGUAGCUCCAGAGGACAAAAAUACAAAAUAAAUAAUUUUACUCCAGAUGAUUAAUACUAAGGAUACAAACAAUUCAUUAAUUGUCAAUUAGAUUAAAACUAGGUCUAACAGAUUCACUAAUAAUGUCUUGUUCAGUUAGUGUUGCAGUUUGGCCGCCAUCCAGCAGGGGCGCCAUUGGUAAGGAGAGCCAUUGAUACAGAAUUAAACAUGGCGGCCAUCAGGGAAGAGAAACGGUCCAAACAGAGUCCUUUGUGGAAUCUUAAAGCAGGUUUUAUGAUUAAAUGCACUUUAUGCAGUUCUGUUUUGAAAUACAUGCCGAUUAUAACAAAUAUAACAAAACAGGAACUUAAAAAGUUCCUGUUUUGUUAUAUUUCAUAAAUAAGUUCAAUAAUGUGAGAAACCUGCAAUUUAUGCUUAUUCAGUCAGUAUUUAAGACAGCUGACACAAAAUGUUCAAAUUAAUUUAGAUAAGUUGGUCUAUCAUGAAAAAUGUUGCCCUUUAUAGUUUGGAAAGAUGCUCAUCCCUUUUUAUUCAAGAGAAAACUUGUCAAUUAAUCAGUUGAUGAGAUCAAUACGGUUUCAUUUCUGUAUCCGGUGACUUUACCUUUCCUGAACCUUAUUUUUAAAAUAAUCAUUUGAAAUGAAUCCAUAAAGGUUGAAAGUUUGUGUUAACAGAGGAUAAUGUAAUAAUAAAGCUUUACAGAUACUUGUAUGUAAAGAAAUGUGUAUAUAUCUGCAUUGACUGUAAAUACUGCAGAAAGAUGUUCCUUCGGUCAGAGGUUCAGAGGUUUUAUUGUUACAGAGUUUUGGCCCAAGUGUGUUUUUGUGUGUUGACAUUUCACUGCAUGUAAUCGAUCACUGUUAAAAGCUUUAUUAAAUUAAAAUUUGAUAACAAAGAAGCAUUUUCCACUGUGUUUUUACAUAAAAUGCAGAGAGAAAAUGUGUGGAAAAAAGUGUGUUUUUUCGGUUCUUAGUAACUCUAAAACAUAAAAUACAAUUUUAAAUGUGCAAAAUUAAAGCCAAAAUGUGUUUUCACAAGAUAAAUAUGGAAUAAAGCAGCAUAAAAAUGGG